AGCAAGUUGCCAGCCCACUUGCAAUGUAGUUUGUUUAUUGUUCACCCAAAAUGAGGUGCUGCGUUUUUAAUUGCAGCAACGUUUUACCCAGUAGAAAUAAGUCCAAAAAUGGUCAAACUCAUUCCCCUGAUGGCCAAGAGACGCCCAGUCGACCCUUGAGUUUCUUCAACUUUCCGAAGUGUCCAGAUGCGGUGAAACAAUGGGUGACAUUUUGCCGCAACAAAAAUGUACUAAAACUAAAGAAUCCGAUAGUUUGUAGUGAGCAUUUCAGAGAUGAGGAUAUACAAGGAAGCCUGCAGUUCGAAAUGGGUUUGUGUAAGAGGCGGACUUUAAAACCGGGAGCUGUGCCGUGUAUCAACAAACACGAUGAAAGCGAAUCGGAAAAGGCACGCAAAGAGCGCUCCCAACGGCGAGAGAAUAAGAAAUUGGUAGAUGAGCUUAUUGCCGAGGCGGAGGCAAUGGCCAAAGCGCCAGUGGACAUUGUGCCAACACCGAGUUAUGUCCGUAAUACCACCGGCCUGGCCUCAGCUCCAGAUUUUGUUAGUUCAAAUAAUAACGAGAAAGUAGUGACUGCACCACAGAUAAAAAUUGAAUCUGAUCCCCUGACUACCGAUGAUGUAAGGGAUGAUGUAGAGAUUAAAGACAAACCAUUGAUACCCUGUAGAACCUGUGGAAAACAGUUUGUCGCCGAUAAUGAAUUCAAGGAUCUGAAAGUAAAGGAUAAUCAGGUUCUCUUAUUUCACAUAGAAGCUAUCACAGGUGUUUGGAUCAAUUGCCCUGAGAGUCUACCCCAUCAUAUGUGUGGAAAGUGUGUUGAUAAUUUACGUAGAGCUGUCGAGUUCCGUGAAAAUUGUAUACGAACAGAAGUGAAAUUAAAUCAAGUUGCCGAGGAAGUCGAUGAAGCCUCUGGAAUUGAAUGUGCCUACGAAAAUGUAGUGUAUGCAGAAACUGAUGAUCAUCUUGAUGAUUUGCCCUAUGAAGAGGUUAUUGUUGAGGAAACACAACCAACUUUAAUGUCAAAUGAUGACCCUAAAAGCAUAGCACUGGGUAAUCAGAUUUUUGAGAAUCUCUUAAAUGAAUACUCUGGCGAUCCGGAAUUAGUUAAAGAAGUUGAAAGCACAAGACGUAAAUCGCCCUUAACAAAAUCGACAACGAUCAAAUCUAAUGUGAAAACCAAAUCGAAAGACAAUAAGCAAACGAAACCCUUGGGACCCAAGCGUACUAAAGAAGAACGAAAUCGUAUACGUCGUGAGCAGAUAAGGGCCAAGCCACCAAGUUUCGUUUGUGAUCAAUGUGGUUUAAUUUUCAAAUUGGCUUGUAAUCUGCAAAUGCAUAUGUUAAGACAUAGUCGUACCAUGAACUACAGUUGUCCGGAGUGUCCGAGGAAGUUCUACGAUUCCUACACCCGAAACAUACAUGUGCGUGUUAGGCAUAAUGAUGAGAAACCCUAUUCCUGUAAAUACUGCAGUGAAUCUUUUAAAGCUUCCUAUCAAAGACAGCAUCAUGAAAAGCAAGUCCAUAAUGCUGCUCCGCGUAUAAUUAUUCAUCGCCUUAAUGUGAAACCCAAAGCUCAGCCAGCCAAGGCAGAACGUCACUAUUGUACACUCUGCGAUAAAAGCUAUACUCAUAAAUAUGCCCUCGCCUGGCAUAUGAAUAUCCAUACGGGAGCCAGACCCUAUAAAUGCAAGCACUGUGAGAAAGCAUUUUCCGAACCAGCCAAGGCCAAACGACACGAAAUGACCCACGACAAGAGACCACUGCAAUGUGAUGUUUGUCUCAAGGGUUUCUUUGUUCGUCAAAAACUCAAGGAUCAUCAACUGACACACACUGGCGAACGGCCUUACAAAUGUGAUUUAUGCGAUGUUCGCUUCAGAUAUAAGCAUAAUGCAAAUACCCAUAGAAUAAGUAAAAUGCACAAAGAGAAUUUAAACAAAUUAGAAAAUGGUGACAAACCACAAUUGGAAGAACAAGAGCAACAGGCAGAGGCGGUUCUUAUUGAUCCAAGUAUCAAUCUGGUCAGGGUCUGUGACAUUUCGGAAGCCGAACAACUUAUUUUUGUUGAAUCAAAUGAGAAUUAAAAAUUAAAUUAAAAA